AUGCUCACUCUCACCCGCACUCCCUGCGCCAACCCAGCUCGCCUCGCCCGCGCACUCGUCCCGCUCGCACACCCCCACCUCCUCCGACCCUACUCGACCGACCUGCACCUCCCCGCACAGGCAUCCCUCACACGCUCAGACACUCUCGAGGGACUCUCAUUCAUCCAGCUCGACCGCCCCAAAGCCAAAAACGCACUCAGCGUACAGCUCGUCCGCGAACUGCGCGAGUUGGUCGACGAGGUCCGCUUCGAUGGAUGGACCCGCGCCGUGAUCCUCCGCUCAGCCGUCCCAGGCUCGUUCUGUGCCGGCGCAGACCUCAAAGAGCGCGCAACCAUGUCCCAACUCGACGUCGCGCGGUUCCUGUACAACCUGCGCCGCUUGCUCGGAGAGAUCGAGGACUUGCCCGUACCGACAAUUGCGGCGGUGGAUGGACCGGCGCUCGGAGGAGGGCUGGAGUUGGCGCUUUCGUGCGACUUGAGGGUUGCCGGCUCAACAGUAACCAAGAUCGGCCUGCCCGAAACCCGUCUCGCCAUCAUCCCAGGAGCCGGCGGAACCCAACGCCUCUCGCGCCUCAUCGGUUCCUCCCGCGCCAAGGAUCUGAUCUUCUCCUCGAAGAUCCUCAGUGCGGGUGAAGCUGAGCGCGUCGGCGUGGUCAACUACGUUUCGGCCGAGGGCCAGUCGGCGAGCGAGAAAGCGGAGGAGAUAGUGGCGGAGAUGUUGCAAGCUGGUCCACUCGCCCUCCGCGCAGCAAAGACCGCCAUCGACACCGGCUCCCAACUCGACCUCGAAUCAGGCCUGGACGUCGAACGUCUCUCAUACCAAACGAUCCUGCAAACUGAAGACCGGUUGGAGGGGCUCAAGGCGUUUGCGGAGAAGAGGAAGCCGGUUUACAAGGGUCGCUAG